AUGAAAAGAUCCCUGUGUCCAGCUCGUCUGCUGUGUCUGGACCGCAGGUCUCACUUGCUCCAUACUGUAUCAGUCUCUCCGUAUCGCCUGCUCAGCUACUCCCAGCGCAAAGGGCUCCCAAGUUGGAGACCUUCCCCGGGAAGGCGACAAUGGGGUCGCCAGUUCUCCGUGGGCUCCAGCCCUUCUAUCAACCGUCAAUUACUGCAUGAUCGACUUCGAGUGAAAAAUGAAUCUCCGAUACGCGAGUCGCAGAAAACCCCGGAAGCGUGGAUUUUAUUGCUGGAACAACACCUGCUAGGAGAUUCUGGAAGUGGCAGUAAGGCUUUCGAACCGGACGCUGCAUCGGUGACGACCCCAGCAUCCAUCAGUCGAGCAAUCGACUUGCGUGAGCUUUUGUUCAACGCAAGAACGUAUGGGGACCUGGAUCUUUUAGCCCAUCUGGGGUACCGGUUGAACAACUGGCCUGCUGUCUAUGCAUUACUGAAUCAGUUGCUCGACGCCGCAGAUGCACUGAACGAUGUCUCCCCCUCUCUUAAGCAUCUGUCUAAUAACAGCUGGGGUUACAAGUCCAGUGUAUCGCUUGAUCAAUUGACCCAUCAGAUCGACUCGGCUCCGCGGCUCACGCCAGAUCCAACAACACAGAUUUCUGAGUUGACAAGCCUAGAUACGUUAACCGAGAGAGCAUUUGCGGACGAGCAUUCCCGACGGUUCAUGGCACAAGUAUGGCAGAGCUUGGGAUCAAUUGUGCUUGAUGCUGCUGAUGCCUCGCCAAAUGAGUCGAAGAUAGCGAUGUCUUAUGUGUUUCGGAUACUUGCUCGUCUGCACCACUCCGGUGCAGUAUCGGAUAGGGUAUAUAAAUAUGUCCCUCCAGAUAGCCAUCAGGUCGCCUUUCGACCGCCGACGAUGCAUCUACUGUCAACACAUAUCAUGAGCGUUCUGUCGGAUGCAGCCUGGCUUGUACACGAAGCCGAAGUGGCGGCCAAGGCAGCUGCUGCGGGUGAAGACUCGCCUUUCCUUCCCUUCCAAAUGGGCAUUCGAGAACUUGGGCCUGAGAUUUGGAUAGAGUUGAUUCUUUGGUGCUGUGUGGAACAUGGACAUAUCACAGAGGGCAUAUGGCUCAUUGAUCAGAUGAAGACACGGAAAGGGGAUCUGGCUUGGAAAUUCCAAAGCUGGAGACCCCUACUUCAACAUCCAGAGUCUGUAUGGAACACUAAGGUUGACUCAGAAGUAUCCUGGCGCCAUCCGGCCCAAGUCGACGGCCCUUCGCUUCUUCGAAAGCGCAGUAGCCCCUCCCCCUUCAAUGGACUCGGGGCGCGAACAAUCAGUCUUGAGGUAACCGCUUCCUUAAUGGAUAAUCUUCCAAAUUGGGGCUAUCGAGGAUUAGGCUUCUGGGGUAUAACGUCGGCCGCGCUUCUGCAUCAUAUCUCAUCGCUCAAGUUCACAAUAGCCCCGAGGGCGGCCGAUGAUACCCCUUUAGCUACGACUAAGGAAUCUAAUUGGUUCAUUCUUCGUGUUCUUGAAUCUGGAUGCAUCGAUCCUCAGGCGGAUCCCCAAGCAUUCGAUGAACUCAUCAGAGCCAUUCCUCAUGUUGUUCCGCCCUGGGACAGCAAUGAUCUGUACUUGCCUGAUGAGGAGGAUUUGGAGCAACUUGAGCCGUCCCAGAUUUAUGACGAGACAACAGCCUUAGCUAAACUCGUCGAACAUAACAUCCGAUUCCACUCCCGGCGACGCCUUUGUGGAGAUGCGAUGGAUUCAUUUGCUUGGUUGCAGAGCGCAGUUGACAAAAGUAAGAUGCAACGCAUAGGCGAAUUCUUCUCCUCACGCGUGGACCCGUCCGAUGACGAGCACCUGCCGACUUUCGAUACUGCCAAUCUGGCCUCUUUGAAGCCAUUUGAGUCGUCGAUGCCACAAAUUUCACCUAUUACGCUGGCCGAACUUCUGGACCUGGUGACUGUGUCUCGAGCAUUCACGUUCGGCGACUGGUUACUCUUCUCGAACGACAUUGACGGACCCCCGAUUCCUCACAGCGCAUACGGGAAUCAAGCUUUGGCACCAUCAAUCAUUCGUUACGCUGCCGCUACGAAAAAUAGCACACUCUGCGAUUCAGUUGUCCAGUCUCUUUCACAGCCCCUCUCGGCGAAUACUCUACGAGCCCUGUUGAAUUACCGUAUCGCAAUGUGCCAAUGGAACCUGGUAACUGUGAUGCUAGAAUAUCUCCGCGGCUACCGCCUAAAAUCCUGGGGCCACAGUAAUAUCACCGCAUUAGCCGCCGAAAUUAUCAGAUUAGACCAUGCUGUCACCACAGAAACCGACACGACAAAAGCGGAAGACAAUAUCCAGAACCUAGCACAGGCAAAGGGCAUCCUGCUGCGAAUUCUCAACGGUGAAUUCAAUGAACUACACCCAAGAGACAACUUCCAGGAGCGCUCCCUCCACGGCUUGCAACGCCUCUUCCUCUCCAUCCCUGGCGCCCUCCACGACGUUGCCGCCACCUCCAAUCUCCGCUCCCAAAAGCUCGCCCGAAGCUCAACCCCCCACAUACCCUCAACGGCCUUCCACCCCAUCCUCUCCGCCGUAGUCGAUGCCCGAGGCAGCGCCGCCGGCAAACGACUCUGGGACACCUGGUGCGUCGACGUGCAGUCCCCAUCCGCCAGCCGUCUCCAGAAAGGCGGCAUCCCCCGUCUCUACCUGAACACCGAGCGGGACAUGAAAAAGGGCAACCCUCAUUUCGACGAGGCAUACUUCAAACAGCUCCAGACUAAACUGGUGGUGCCCAAUAUAUCCACCGUCCGCAUCAUCGCCCGAGCCGCAGUGAAAGAGUACAACGAAUUCGAAGCUAAACACUCGCACACCGUCCCCGAUGAAAACCCUCCAUCUCCUCAAGCAUAUGCAUAUCCCAGAACUACCCAUCCUCAGCAUAACCCCGCCCGACCCAUCCUUGAGUUCUGUAUGAAGAGAUUUGAGGCCCUCGGUCUUCGGCGAGCGGAUAGAAACCGCGAGUUGGAGGCUUCGUAUACCGAAGAAAUAAAGAGUUGA